AAUCAUUCAUAAUGAUAAUAAUUUAAAUAAUAAUUUUUUAGUACUUAGCACAGUGCAUUCUUUCUUGUAAUAGUAGAUCUUCACUUUUUAGAACUAGAAUAUCGAUUGCAACUCUUAUAUAGUCGUAGACCUGAGCUUUAGUAAGUAAUUCAACUGGAUUUCUUCACUAUUUUGCUUGUGCCAUGCUUAUACACGUGUAGUGUAAACGUCACAAUACAUCACUUCCGGUGCCAAGGAUCGAGCGCAUCCUGUUUCAUAUCCAUGUGUGUAUGUAGUAUCUAUGGUAGGACACUCUCUUCUAUUAUUACCGGUAUCUACUCUUGAUAUUAUCUAUACCACGCCUUUAUUUCCAUAUGCAACCAUGUGGUCUCCAUCAAUACAUCUAUGGCGGUCUAUGGCAUAGACUUCGGUCUCAUCUAGACUUCAAGAGGUAGGCCCAUUAACUACUGGCAAGAAUAAAAGAGGUGAGGAAAGUGUUUGGGGGUCGAGACUAAAAGUAUCCACACUUCAGCCGUUUUUAAUAAUUUCAUGUGAAAAUGGCAGCUCCUAAUAUAUGUGGUGGGUACAAUUACUCAUUUGUUGUUCAUGAUCUUCCUAAGAAGUAUAAAUGUGCUAUAUGUACAUUUGUAGCUCGUGAUCCACAGCAGGUUAUCUGUUGCUCACAUACAUAUUGUAUGAGCUGUUUGCUACAUCAAAAGCAGAAGUCUGGAUCAUUAUUGAAUUUUAACUGUCCAACUUGUAAUCAGUCACUUGUUGGUAGGUAUUUUCCUGAUGGAAGGAUUGAUCAAGAGAUAAAGAAUCUAGGAGUCUAUUGUCCUAAUGAUGGGUGCCAGUGGAUAGGAAUUGUUAAAGACAUAGAGACUCAUAUUACUGAAUGUCCUUACCAGAGUAUUGAGUGCAGUAAUAGAUGUGGAGAGAAUAUGCAAAGAAUGAAAAUGGAGACACAUGUAUCCGAAGAAUGUCCUAAGCGUAUUGUUACUUGUACACAUUGUGAAGAGACUGGUGUUCAUGACAUAAUAUCUACCAAUACUCACUUAGAUGUGUGUCCUCUCUUUCCCAUUAAAUGCACUAAUGAUGAAUGUGAUGUAGUUUCUCCUCGUAAUCAGUUAUCAGUACACAAAAGGACUUGUCCUAAGUCUAUAGUCAAAUGUGAGUACAGCAGUGUUGGUUGUUCUAAGAGGAUGAAACGAGAGGUACAGGAGGAGCAUAAUGAAUCAUUUGUAAAGGAACAUCUUCGACUUGCAGUCAAUGUAUUGCAGAAUCGAUUACUUUUUAAUUCUAAAGUUAUUAAGCUCAGUGAUUUUCACAAUAAGAAGGUCAGUGAUAAUGAGUGGUCUAGUCCUCCUUUCUACACAUCACCAGGAGGCUAUAAGAUGAUGUUAUCUGUUUAUUCUAAUGGUCAAGGUAGUGCUAAAGGUACUCAUGUGUCUUGCUACAUUUAUCUAAUACCUGGGGAGUAUGAUGAUGAUUUAGAGUGGCCAUUUCAAGGAGACGUCAGAAUGGAGCUAUUGAACCAACUGGAGGAUAACAAUCACAAAGCUGAGACUAUAAGAUUUGAUGAGUCAAGACCAGACUCAGGGCAUGGUUGGGGUUGUCCUAACUUUGUUCCUCAUUCUGAGUUAGGCCACAAUAUUGACACCAACUGUUGCUACCUCCUCAAUGAUUGUCUUCAUUUUAGAAUAACUGUGAACGCUAGCUCUAAGGACAAACCAUGGCUUUUUGAUUGAUUGUAGUACAAAU